AUGUAUUCUCAUGAGGCAAAUCCACCUGGUGGUAGUUUUUUCAGAGCUGUAGACGAGUCCACCAGAGGCCGUGGCGAUGGCACGGCUGAUGGUUACACGGAUACCACCGGUGGUUACGCAGACGGCACAGGCGGUUACCACCUCGCACGUGAACCCUCCCUCUUCUCCCCAGUAGCAGAGGACGAGGGUCAGGAGCCCCUCUCCUCCUCCACACUCUCCUCCUCCGCGUCUUCCUCUGCAGCCUCCCUCUUCCUCCGCUCCAUGAGCUCUGGCAGAGCCGAGGAUCUGCUGCUGCAGCAGUUUCACCGCCACCUCUCCCCUGAGGUUCGCCCCGGCACUGCUGGUGGCGCCUGGGGAUGCAGAAACCACGCAGUUGACGAUUCGGGCGGCGGAAAUCGAAGUUCUGGCGAUUGGGGUAGUGGUAACGGUGGGAGUGGAGUCACAGGGAAGGGAAAGGAUGGGGUGGAGGGACGAGUGGGAGGUGGGCGCAGAGGGGAUCUGGGGCGUGGAGGGGUUGGGGCGUUAGGGGGCGCAGAAGCAGCAGCAGGAUUGCGAGCGGCGUUUGUGAGUGGGAGAGCGCGCAGCAGCAGCUUCAGUGGCGCUGCUGGUGGGUUUGCGGGCAGAGGGGGGGGCGGAUGGGGUGGGGAAGACGACGAGGGAAGCACACCCGGGGGAGGGGCGUCUGGGGGAGGCACACCUGCGGGCGGAACACCUAGGGGAGGGGGAUAUGGCAGCGGGACGAGCAGCGGCGCAGAAAGCACUGGGUCGGUGAUAGAAAGAGGCGGCGGUGGUACUAGUAGUGGAAGGAGGAGAAGCGGGGGUAUGGGGAGUGGGGAUGGGGGGGAGGGCAGUGGAGGACCUAGGCUGACAGAGGCUCAGAAGCAGCGGUGGCAGGAAUAUCAGCAGCUGCUGCCGCCGCUGACAUUGCCGCCUGUGCUGGAACGGAGGCUGAAAAUGCAGGAGGCGGUUCUGAAAAGGCAGGAGGCGCUGCUGCUGGAAGAGCUGCAGCAGCAGAAGGCACUGCAGGAGCAGAAGAUGUUGCAGGAACAGAAGAGAGCUGAGGAGCAGCGGAAGCAGGUGGAGGAGGGAGCGCACCAGCAGCAGCAGCAGCAAACGGAGAGGCAGCAGCUUGCAGGAAAGCAGGAGGCAACUUUGCGGAUCUGCCACUCGGACGAGUUCAUCCGGCUGCCAGCUGGCAUGACCGCCCGCGGGGGCGGCAGCCUCGUUGGGUUGUCCACGCGGGCGCACUGCCUGGCUGCUGCUGCCACGUCAGCAGAGUCUCCUGCGGGCGGCAGACUGAGCAUGGGAGACGGAGAAGGAGGGGGAUGGGGAGGAGGCGACGGGGUAGGAGGAGGAAGGGAGGGAGCAGGAGCAGGAGCAGGAGGAGGAGGAGGGGACGAAGGAGGAUGGGGCAGAGGAAGGGGAGGAGGGGGAAAUGGAGGAGGGCGGCGAGUAGGAGCAGGGGGAGGAAGGGGCAGGGGACGAGGGGGGGGAUGGUCUAGGGAGAUCCCAAUAUCCCUGUCCGUAUCAGGCAUCCCCCCACCAGGACUAGAUGCACAAUCAGACACAAUGACAGAUGCUAUGGCAGAUGCUAUGACUCCCACACAGUCUCCUGUCUGCACGCCCCCUCCGUAUGCCCGCUCGCUCGUGUACGGUCGUUCCCCCCGCACGGCAUUUGACCGCUACCGCAUUCGCAGCUUGGGGGCCAUUCCGCCAGGGGGGCUUGUGGCUGGCUCCAUUGUGGUAGGUGGGACGGCGGGAGGAGGGGGCGCAGCAGGGUUCGGGGCGUCUGCUGCUGAUGGUGCUGGUGCUGGUAGUGCUGGUGCUAGUGCUGGUGCUGGUGCUGCCUCUGCUGCCAAUGCUGGUGCUGGUGCUGAUGCUAGUGAUGGGGAUGGGGCUGCUGGAGGAACUAAGGAGGGUGCUGCAGGGGCGAGCAGUGGGGGCGAGCAGGGAGGCGGGGCGAGCAGGCUGCGGGGGUCAGUGGGCCUCACAGCGCCCUCAGGCCUCACCUGGGACGAGGAGAUUUCCCGGAAGCUGGCUCUGCGGGGGGUGCAGGUGCGGCCGACCAGCAGCAGUGUUUCGGCAGCAAGCCCCUCGUCGUCUGCUCACCAGCAGCCGACGAGUCUCUCGACGCAAGAAGGUGCUGAUUUCGCCGCUGCAGCAGGAGCAGCAGGGACAGCAGGAGCAGCAGGGACAGCAGAUGCAACUGUAGCAACUGCAGCAGCAGGGGGUGCGUGUGACGGUGGUGAGCGUGCAAGUGCUCGCCUCUCUGUCUCUGACUGGGUGCGCUCCUCUUCCACCUCCUCCUUGACCCCUGCCAAGGUAUCCACUGCCGAAGCCGCGGCAGCAGCAGGAGCAGCAGAAGGGGCGGCUGGAGCGCCAGGUGAAUUCUCAGUUAUCACCUACCCCGAUUUCACCGAGCUUUCUCUCGACCUAUCCGAGACUAUCCCCCUCACCCCCUCCCGCUCUGCCAAGGGGUUUUCGCUGCCCGCCUCCCCUGCUGCUGUCGCCUUUGCUGCUGCCGUGGCUGAGGUUGACGCGUCCGGAUUCGCAGUACCGGAGCAGAUGCUGAGGGCAGAGAAGGGUGGGAAUGAGCUGGGGUCGGAGAAGGGAGGAGCAGGAGGAUCGUUUGCGUCGUGGAACUCGGGGAGUGGUGCUAGCAGUGGGAGCAUGAGCCGGGGCAAAGCAACAAAAAAGGAGCUUCCAACAUGCUGUGUUAUCAGCUGA